AUGUCUUCACGUGUAAUUAGUAAUUCUAUGGAAGAAAAAACUAGAGCUAUAACGUCCACUAAACUGGAUGAUUUUACAUAUCCAAAAAAAAAGUCCUCCUUGAGUGAAAUAGGUAGCGAUUUAGUAGUCGCCACAAAUGAUGGUUCUUCCCGGUCACUUGCUUGGCUUAAACCUAACUCACAGCCAUCUACACAGGGUUCCUUUAUUGCUAAUAUUUCUCGCAAGGAUAAAAGCAGCCCUGGUUCCGUACUUAAGCUUUUAGCUUCAAAGAUAACUUCUCGUCCGCAGACCCUAUUUUCGACUCCUCCGGAUAAUUCGCAUGAACCUUUUCGUCCCCUUCUCAAGGAAAAGCCAAAUUCAUUGCUAGAAAAUGACGAUUGGAGAACAAACAUCAUGCAAUCGGUUGGCAUUGACUACCCUCAUCCUUACAAUGAUGAGUUGACAGAAUUCGAACAUGUAAUACAAUUGAAGUUUAAAAGUUAUGAAGCAAAAUCCCUUUUGCCUCCAAGACUUGAAGAUACGACAUUCAAAUUUGUGGAUGAACCCAAUGAUUUAACUGAACUUGUUUCACAACUUAGCUUGCAGCCCGAAAUAGCUGUCGACUUAGAGCAUCACAAUUAUCGGACAUACUUUGGCAUGACUUGUCUUAUACAAAUUUCAACUAGAUCAGCGGAUUAUAUACUUGAUUCAUUGGCUCUUCGCGAUCAUCUCCACAUUCUGAACAAGCCUUUUACCAACCCGAACAUUGUAAAAGUAGCUGGUCUACGCUAG